AUGUACCAUAAAAUUUGUCAAAUUAUUUUAAUUUAUCUUACUUUAUCAUAUCAACAACAAUAUAACAUGCAACAACAAAAUUUGCCAAAUGAUCAAUUAAUACAAAAUAUUGAAUUGACAAAAUACAUAUCAACAACUAUGCCAACAACAUCCUAUGACUCACAUAUAAUGUAUUCUAAUAACAAAAAUGAUGUUGUAAAGGACACGUCUUAUAAUAAUUAUACUUCUUCUGUAUUAUUUUGUUCAUAUUGUAAGAUUGAUAUUGGUAAUAUUGAUUCAGGAAAUUUAAAAUGUAGAAUUUGUAAUACAGUUACAUAUUGUUCCAGGGAACAUCAAACAUUAGAUUGGGAGAAUCAUAAAAUAAAUUUCAAAAAUAAUGUAGAUGGUACAACUUUAUCUACAUUUGAUGUACCUAAAUUGAAAGUUAAUGAUACUAAAUUUUAUCAUCAACAUAUUCCACAUAAAGAUAAUUCUAGAGAAUAUGCCUACAAAACAACACUUCAAGAACAUAUGAAAAAUCUUUCAAAAACAGGAAAAUCUUAUAAUCAAACACAAGUAAUGUAUUCAAGAUUAACACUUAUUUCACAAUAUAUUCUUGAUAAUCUACGAUCUUAUGGUUAUGCUAUAGUAGAAGAUUUUCUUGGAAAUAGUCAUUCAUCAAAUAUUUAUAAUGAAAUAAAUAUUUUAUAUAGGCAGGGAGUAUUUAGUGCGGGACAGUUAAUGGAUAAAAAAGAAGAAACAAAUUCAGAAGAAAUAAGAUCAGAUCAAAUUUUUUGGUUUGAUUCAAGUAAUAAAAUGUCAAUUAAUGCUGUACAUAUAAGACUACUUGUUCAAAUGGUUGAUUCUGUUAUAAAUAAACUUAAAGAUAAAAUACAUCCACAUACAAUUGGGGGACGUUCACCAGCAAUGAUAGCUAUUUAUCCUGGUAAUGGUACAAAAUAUGUCAAACAUGUAGAUAAUCCAUCAAAUGAUGUUUCUAAAGAUGGUCGUUGUAUAACAGCUAUUUAUUAUUGUAAUAAAAAUUGGGAUAUUAAUAGAGAUGGUGGAGCUUUAAGAUUAUAUCCUUAUACAAGUCAAUCACCAAUUGAUAUAAUUCCUAAGGCAGAUAGACUUAUAUUUUUCUGGAGUGAUUCAAGAAAUCCACAUGAGGUUAUGCCUGUAUAUAAUAGACCUCGUAUUGGUAUUACAAUAUGGUACUUUGAUAAGAAACAACAAAUAAUAAAUAAUAAAGAAAGUAACUGUAAUGACUUUACUAAUCGUAAGCGUAAAAGUCCAGAAGUAUUUGAUGAUUCAGAGCUUUCAAAUAAAAGGAUUGUUACAACACGAUUAUUAAAAGUAGAUCCAGAAGCUGUAACUUUUGAAGAUGAAACAAUAUUAAAUGAAAUUCCAGAAGAUAAUAGUGAAUCUUUUGCUUCACCAAUAACCUACAUUGUAAUUUCUUUCAUAAUCUCUGCUAUCUCGUUAUAUGGUGGUAUUUAUGCAAUUAAUCAACUUGAUUUAGUACCACCAAGAAUCAAUAAAGAAUACAAAGAUUUUAAACAAAAUAAUCAAAUAAAACAUGGAUCUAAAUUAAAAGAUAAUAAAAUGAAAAAUAAUUCAUUAACAUUACCAGUAUCAAUUGCUCUUGGUUUAAAAACAACUAGUAUGAUUGGUAAAACAAACAGAGGUGCAGCAGGAAGACAAAAUAAUACGAAAAUUGAAACACUUGAAAUAGCUGAUCCAUAUAAUAUAAAAUAA